AAGAUCCGAGCGAGGGCCGAAAUUAGCCGAACGAACGAGCGAGCAUAAAGUCUGUGAAGUCCUAAUGAAACUAAAAAUUUGUCGUUCACAUUAUUGAUGUUAAAUUUAAAAAUCCAACAAAAUGAUCUUGUAAAAUCGUAUUAAGACACUUUUACUAUAAUUUUAACAAUAUCGUAGUGGUAUAGUUUUGACUAUUGAAUCCCUAACUUUGUAUUUCGUCGGCAAAGUGAGAGAGUUCAGUGCGAGUGCAAGCAAGGGUGGUAACGAGAAAUGUGAAGUAGUAUCUAUGAAGUUCAGGAUUCGGCCGUUUAUUUUAUACCUAUAAUAAUGAGCGGACGCCCUAGGACCACGUCAUUCGCCGAGGGCAGCAAAUCCGUUCGAAAAACAUUCGAAAAUCAACCACCGAAACCAUUAGGAGGAGUAAAAAUUAGCAGCGACGUGGAUACACCUAAAAAGACCGAGCUGGCUUCGGAAAAGAAAACUGCCUCCUCGCAUCGCAAGGACGGCUCGAAGGUGACUACCGUGGUAGCGACGCCGGGGCAAGGCCCCGACAGGCCGCAGGAGGUGAGCUAUGCCGACAUGAAGCUCAUCGGUAACGGCAGCUUCGGCGUCGUCUACCAGGCCAAGCUGUGCGACACUGGCGAGCUCAUUGCCAUCAAGAAGGUGCUCCAGGACAAAAGGUUUAAGAACCGAGAGCUGCAAAUCAUGCGACGACUGGAGCAUUGUAAUAUUGUCAAGUUGAAAUACUUCUUUUACUCAAGCGGAGAAAAGGUGGCAGUGCCCGACGCAGUUAGCUCUCUGCUAAACGCAAUGCAGUCUCUAGAAGUCGCAAAAGAUGAAGUGUACCUGAAUUUGGUGCUGGAGUACAUACCAGAGACAGUGUAUAAAGUUGCACGUCAUUACGCCAAAGAUGAACAAACCAUACCCAUUAGUUUUAUAAAGCUGUACAUGUACCAGUUGUUCCGAAGCCUCGCGUACAUCCACUCGCUGGGCAUCUGCCACCGGGACAUCAAGCCGCAGAACCUGCUGCUGGACCCGAAGACGGGCGUGCUGAAGCUGUGCGACUUCGGCUCGGCCAAGCACCUCGUGCGCGGCGAGCCCAACGUGUCCUACAUCUGCUCGCGGUACUACCGCGCGCCGGAGCUCAUCUUCGGCGCCAUAGACUAUACUACGAAAAUUGACGUAUGGAGUGCAGGCUGCGUCGUCGCAGAGCUGUUGCUCGGACAGCCGAUAUUCCCCGGAGACUCCGGUGUAGACCAGCUCGUUGAAAUUAUCAAGGUUCUAGGUACUCCAACUCGAGAGCAAAUACGCGAAAUGAAUCCUAACUACACAGAAUUCAAGUUUCCACAAAUCAAAAGUCAUCCUUGGGCAAAGGUGUUCCGCGCGUGCACGCCGCCGGACGCCAUCUCGCUGGUGUCGCGCCUGCUGGAGUACACGCCGGGCGCGCGCCUGUCGCCGCUGCAGGCGUGCGCGCACAGCUUCUUCGACGAGCUGCGCGAGCCCAACGCGCGCCUGCCCAACGGCCGCCCGCUGCCGCCGCUCUUCAACUUCACGGAGUACGAGCUGGCCAUCCAGCCCUCGCUCAACGACUUCCUCAAGCCGCGCGCCGCGCCCGCGCCCGACGCGCAGGCGCCCGCCGCGCCCGUCGCCGGCGCCGCGCCCGACCACGACGCGCCAGGCGAGAACGCGGCGAGUGGGCCCAGCGGCGGCUCCCCGGGCGCGUCGUAGACGGCGCUCGCGCCGCGCCCCGCUCCGCCUCGUCCCGCAUCCGACGGACUCUCGUAUCCCUCGCCCUCCGCGCACGUAGAGUCCUCCGCCCGCCCCGCCGAACCGAACCGAUGCGACGGCCUGCGUUACUCGAGCUCGAUGCCCCAGCUCGCGCUGGCGAGGGAAUAGCGACGACCGCUCUCGGCGG